AUGGAUUAUGUCCGUGAGGAUGGGCUAUCGCUUACAUGGGCUCAUGCUGUGAACAGCAACAACAAACUUUACCAGGCGCUGAAAAGUGAUGUCAUAAUGGUAGAAGCUGACAUAAUACUUGAUAAAUCGGGUGAACCAAUCAUGGCGCAUCCUCCAGCCACCGUGAGCGACAUUACUCUAGAAAGUUGGCUGGACAAACUGCUGUCAACUGACAAAGGAAUGAAACUUGAUUUCAAAGAAUUGGCCUCGGUAGAAUCAUCACUGCAGCUAGUCAAACAGCAACAGGCGAGAUUGAAGAACCGUUGGCUAUGGCUUAAUGCUGAUAUUGUGGAAGCUGCUCCAGGCCACCCAGCAGUCGAUGCGCACAAGUUUAUUGAUCUGUGUACCAAAUAUUUCCCCUCGGCUACCUUGUCAGUUGGUUGGAAUUUACAAAAAGGCAUAAACUACGAGUACACAUGGGGUCUAAUAUUCGAUAUGAUGCAAUAUGUAAAUGAGAUCCAGCAAAACGUGACGUUCCCAGUCGCUGCCGCCCUCGUUUGCACCUCUCUCAAGCAGCUACUUUGGUUGCUAGGUGUGAAAGAAACAUUUACUUUGACUUUAUGGAGUCAUCCAGAUCAUCCAAUCGACACAGCUGCUCUUGUUUAUCUUAGAAACCAUAGCAACACGAAUAGAAUCUUCUAUGAUCUCUCUGAAGAACAAAUGAGAAAAUUUAAAGAAGCUAUUCAAAAUUCACCACCCGAGGGCGCUGUUCAACAACUCUGUACACAUGGCAGUUGGGACAAGUGUAUGUGGCAAUUGUUCGAGUCAGAAGGAUCAAGUAGAAUCUUUUCAAGCACUGAAGGCAUGGGUAUAAGUGGAAACGGUUGCCAUAGUUACAUUCAAAGUGUUGAGAGACCAACAGAGAAUGAAGUAUCGCUUACUAUAACAGGCAACAUCGAGAUGAUUAUGCGAUCCGAUCAACUAAGUGAAGAUUCCUCUUUCAAUUUGUAUAUUUUAACCUCAGGUGUCAAAGAUAUGCAAAUCCAUGAUGGGGUUAAAGUUGACAUUGGUUGCCAUGGCAGCUGCUGCUUGUCCGAUUCCAGUACUGGAAGAAGGUUAAGUCAUGGUCUUGUGCCAAUCAGAAGUCAAUACAAGUUUGUGAUUACAAGUAAUUUUUCAACAAAAGAUUUGAGUAUCGAGUUUGACACUGAAAAUGAAAAACAUAGAUUGUGUGUUUCUUUGUCUGAUGUUGGUAUUAACAAUUACUGCGUGGUUGCUGGUAAGACGGGUAAUGUUGAUAUCAUGCUUCAUGACUUGUCGAUCAAAUUUUCUUAA